AUGAUGGCCGACUUUUCGGGGUGCCAUUUCACGUUUCCGGCAGUUGUUUUGAAUUUAGGCGAGUCUGCAUCGUCUGGAACGGGGAUUGUAAUUUCUACGUUAUUGGCAUUCGAUCGUUUCUUGAACUGUGCUCGUGCCUUGACAAUGAUCUCGAUUCGUGACGAAGAGAAGUUAGUCACUCGGCAGUCGACGAGAAUCAGUGGCUUGACAUUAGUAUUCAGACGGUACGACAUGAGCUCGAAUUCUCCAUCAGGAGGAAUAAAUGAAAUAGUUCGGUCAUUUUCAAAUCGUGACAGACGCACACACUGGUGGAACUUGACGUCCUCCAUUUCAAUGACUUUUCCUGACGAACCUCCUCCAGAAGACGAUCCAAUGCUUUGUCCAGUAGUAUUGGAUUGA